GGGAUGGACACCUCCAUGUCUACACAUGUUACAAAUGGGAUGGACUCUUAUUGGAAAUUACGUUUCUGAAUAAACCAGCCACGACUUUCUUGCACCGUCCCAAGGCCAGAUAGAAGAAAUUGGGUGUCCAACAUGAACACAGCACUGCAGCACCAGAAACCUGGACCUGUGUCUGUAGGAGGGUUAAAAUGAGGAGUUAAGGACAGUGGUCAUACUACAUCACACUGCAUAGGCCCCAACCACCCAGGCACAUGGAAAGCAAUGGUGAGGCCUACCCCACUGCACCCCCCUGGAUGGCUGUGAUUAGGCCACAAUGGCCAGGCACCAACUUUUAAGUACCACCACCUGAUCAUUCCUCAUCAGCUACACUGGAACCAUAUAUUCUAACCUUAGCACCUUUGCAGCCCUUUCACUUUGAUUCUUCUUGUCUACUACCUCCUCCGUCCGAAAAUACUUGUCAUCAAAAUGGAUAAAAGGAGGUGUAUCUAGAACUAAAAUACAUCUAGAUACGUCAUCUUUUAUCCAUUUUGAUGACAAAUAUUUCUGGACGGAGGGAGUACCUGGGUUAAAAAUACUGGUACUACCCACUUCAAGAUCAAAUGCACCAAGUCGGCCUUACCUAUAUAUCAAUACAUUAUGUGUAGACACUAGCUAGACACCUCCAAGCUGUGUAAAGUUCUACUUGGGAGGCUAUAAAUGCCUAGCUAUGACAUAUGCAUGGUUCUCUACACAACACACACCACCAUCCUAUUCCUGCCUCUCCUUUUCUCUUCUCUUCUCUCCACUGCCCAAGUUUUGCCAUAGACAAGAAAGAACCUCUAGGUAGCUUUCCUCCAGAGCAGCAAUGGCCAUGCACCAUCUCUCCCAGGGGCACCCGCAGGCCUGGCCAUGGGGGGUAGCCAUGUACACCAACCUACACUACCACCACCAGUACGAGAGGGAGCACCUGUUCGAGAAAACCUUGACGCCCAGCGAUGUAGGCAAGCUCAACAGGCUGGUGAUCCCCAAGCAGCACGCGGAGAGGUACUUCCCCCUCAACGGCGGCGACUCCCCCGGCGACAAGGACCUGCUCCUGUCUUUCGAGGAUGAGGCCAGCAAGCCGUGGCGGUUCCGGUACUCGUACUGGACGAGCAGCCAGAGCUACGUGCUCACCAAGGGCUGGAGCAGGUACGUCAAGGAGAAGCAGCUUGACGCCGGAGACAUCGUGCACUUCGAGAGGGUGCGCGGCCUUGGCACAGGCGACCGUCUCUUCAUCUGCUGCAGGCGCCGUGGCGAGAGCGCGCCGCCACCACCACUCCGCGUAUCUCCGCCUGCUCUGAACGCCGGGGAGCAGCAGCCUUGGAGCCCGAUGUGCUAUAGCACGUCAGGAUCAUACCCUACCAGCCCUGCCAACUCCCACGCCUAUCGCCGCUCCGUGGAGCAAGAUCACAGCGACAUGCUGCAUGCAGGUAUACACAACCCUCAAGAACAAAGCACUUGAUAGCAUGCAACAUAACUUAGAUGCAGGUGCUGAAAAUUACAU